AUGAGUGCAAAAGCUUUGCGUGCCAUAAGCUGCCGUUUUGAGUGUUUCAAAUACCACCUGUUCCUCUUCCCGCCGCUUGGUCUUCCUCUCCUCUUCCUGCCCCCAAAUCCUUCCUCUUCAUUCCUUCUUCACCGUCGUCUUCCUCGAGCUUACAGGACCAGCGUAUUCUGCUCUUCUCCUUCUUCUUCGACGGCGCCGGCUGCCGCUGACGAGGGAAGCUACGUCGAGAUCGUCCCCUUCGACGACUUCACCGAAAAGGAUUGGUCCUUCCUCGACAUCGAUCACGUCAAUUCAGAGAAGGAGAUCGAGGAGAAGACUGGUCGCAUCAUCUCCGCAGGCGCCAUUCAGGAUUCUUCGAAGAUUGUUGUCUGCUUGCCCACCGAGGACUUUGUCGACAGAAUAAGGGCUGCCCAUCCAUGCCCCCUGUUGGUUGUCCACUACUCCCUGUACAUGCUCGCUAUGGUGAAGGAGAAGUACGAUUCGGUUAAGUGUUGGCAGGGGGACAUAGUAGACGUCCCGGAACGAUGGGCUCCUUUUGACGCCGUCUUCCUUAACUACUUCCCGGCGCUGCCGUGUUCUCUUGAUCGCCUCCUGGAUGCACUCGUCUCUCGCUGUUCUCCGGGUGCAAGAAUUGUUCUGAGCUAUGCACAGGGGCGGGAAAUUGUUGAACGUCAGAGACAGCGAUACCCUGACAUGGUAACUGCUGAAUUGCCGGACAAGGAAUCUUUGGAGAAGAUAGCAGCUGAUCAUUCAUUUCAUAUAACUGAAUUUGUAGAUGAGCCUACCUUUUAUCUUGCUAUACUGAAGUAUAAAGAAUAAUUCUUCCUCCAUUAAGAGUAUAAGGAUCAUGUUGGUCCUUGACCAAAAUUUUGCUAGUUGAGAUGCUCUAUUUCAGAUACACGCUGUGGAUCUCUCUUUAUGUUUCAUCUGAAAAUUGUAAAUUAUUUUGUAAGAUCUUGUUUGCCCACAGCCCUUACUAUUCUCCUUAUGUUCA